UCCGGCCCUUAGCUCUGCGAGCGGGGCUCCAGCGCCCGGUGUGGAAGGCCUUUCCCCAAGUAACAUAAUGGCGGAAACUGCUUCUCCACUGAAGCACUUUGUGCUGGCUAAGAAGGCAAUUACUGCAAUCUUUGACCAAUUACUGGAGUUUGUUACUGAAGGAUCCCAUUUUGUUGAAGCAACAUACAAGAAUCCAGAACUUGAUCAAAUAGCUACUGAGGAUGAUCUGAUAGAAAUACAGGGUUAUAAAAACAAGCUUUCCAUCAUUGGUGAGGUGCUGUCUCGGAGGCAUAUGAAAGUGGCAUUUUUUGGCAGGACGAGCAGUGGGAAGAGCUCUGUUAUCAAUGCAAUGUUGUGGGAUAAAGUCCUCCCUAGUGGGAUUGGCCAUACAACCAAUUGCUUCCUGAGUGUUGAAGGAACUGAUGGAGAUAAAGCCUAUCUUAUGACAGAAGGAUCAGAUGAAAAAAAGAGCGUGAAGACAGUUAAUCAGCUGGCCCAUGCCCUUCAUAUGGAUAAAGACUUGAAAGCUGGCUGUCUUGUGCAUGUAUUUUGGCCAAAGGCAAAAUGUGCCCUCUUGAGAGAUGACCUGGUUUUAGUGGACAGUCCGGGUACAGAUGUCACUACAGAGCUGGAUAGCUGGAUUGAUAAAUUUUGCUUAGAUGCUGAUGUCUUCGUUUUGGUUGCAAACUCUGAAUCAACACUAAUGAACACGGAAAAGCAGUUUUUUCACAAGGUAAAUGAGCGACUUUCCAAACCUAACAUUUUCAUUUUGAAUAAUCGUUGGGAUGCCUCUGCAUCAGAGCCAGAAUAUAUGGAAGAUGUACGUAGACAGCACAUGGAAAGAUGCCUGCAUUUCUUGGUGGAGGAGCUUAAAGUUGUGGAUCCUUUGGAGGCACAGAAUCGUAUCUUCUUUGUUUCUGCAAAGGAAGUUCUUACUGCUAGAAAGCACAAAGCACAGGGGAUGCCAGAAGGUGGUGGGGCACUUGCUGAAGGAUUCCAGGCAAGAUUACAGGAGUUUCAGAAUUUUGAACAAAUUUUUGAGGAGUGUAUCUCGCAGUCAGCAGUGAGAACAAAGUUUGAACAGCACACUAUCAGAGCUAAACAGAUACUAGAUACUGUGAAAAUCAUAAUGGAUUCAGUAAACGUGGCAGCAGCAGAGAAAAGGGUUUAUUCAAUGGAAGAGAGGGAAGAUCAAAUUGAUAGACUGGACUUUAUCCGAAACCAGAUGAACCUUUUAACACUGGAUGUUAAGAAAAAAAUCAGGGAGGUUACAGAGGAGGUGGCAAACAAGGUGUCAUGUGCAAUGACAGAUGAAAUUUGCCGACUGUCUGUGUUGGUUGAUGAAUUUUGUUCAGAGUUUCAUCCUACUCCAAGUGUAUUGAAAGUAUAUAAAAAUGAGUUAAAUAAGCACAUAGAAGAUGGCAUGGGAAGAAAUUUAGCCGAUCGGUGCACAAGCGAAGUCAAUGCUUCAAUGCUUCAAUCCCAGCAAGAAAUUAUUGAAAAUUUGAAGCCAUUACUUCCAGCUGGUAUACAAAAUAAACUACAUACACUGAUUCCUUGCAAGAAAUUUGAUCUCAGCUAUGACCUAAAUUGCCAUAAGUUAUGUUCAGAUUUUCAAGAGGAUAUUGUAUUUCGUUUUUCCCUGGGCUGGUCUUCCCUUGUCCAUCGUUUCCUGGGCCCGACGAAUGCUCAGAGGGUGCUACUAGGAUUAUCAGAGCCCAUCUUCCAGCUCCCCAGAUCUUUAGCUUCUACUCCCACUGCUCCUACUAAUCCAGCAACGCCAGACAAUGCAUCACAGGAAGAACUCAUGGUUACCUUAAUAACGGGAUUAGCUUCUCUCACAUCUAGAACUUCUAUGGGCAUCAUCGUUGUUGGAGGGGUGAUUUGGAAAACUGUAGGCUGGAAACUCAUAUCUGUUUCAUUGAGUAUGUAUGGAGCUUUGUAUCUUUAUGAAAGGCUGACCUGGACCACGCGUGCUAAGGAGAGAGCCUUUAAACAGCAGUUUGUGAACUAUGCAACUGAAAAACUGCAGAUGAUUGUCAGCUUCACGAGUGCAAACUGUAGCCAUCAAGUACAACAGGAAAUGGCAACCACUUUUGCUCGCCUGUGCCAACAAGUUGAUAUUACACAAAGACAUCUGGAAGAAGAAAUUGCUAGAUUAUCCAAAGAAAUAGAUCAACUGGAGAAAAUACAAAGCAAUUCAAAGUUCUUAAGAAAUAAAGCCGUUCAACUUGAAAAUGAGCUGGAGAAUUUUACUAAGCAGUUUCUACAUUCAAGCAAUGAAGAAGAAUCUUAA